AUUUUGCUUGGACGUCGUGGCAGAACUCGCUGAAGGGGAAACUUUUCUUCAAUGACUCUGACGGUCUAUCACAGACAUCCAAAAAUGGAAACGUUAUUUGCAAAGUAUUUCAAAAUUGGGCUGGUCGUUUCAGCAUAUUGGCUGAUAUCCAUUACCAUGGUGUUCACCAAUAAGUACUUGCUCAGCAGUCCUGAUCUUAAGUUGAAUGCACCGAUGUUUGUGACCUGGUACCAGUGUGUAGUCACUGCCAUUCUGUGUAUAAUCCUACGCUUUUUGGCAAAAUUGUUCCCAAACAGCUUCUCAUUCCCAUCCACAGAGAUUGACCUAAAACUCAGUAGAUCAGUUUUACCACUGUCCAUUAUCUUUGUGUCAAUGAUCACAUGUAACAACCUGUGUCUCAAGUUUGUUGGGGUGGCCUUCUACUAUGUUGGACGCUCUCUCAGCACUGUCUUCAAUGUGGCAUUCUCAUACCUGAUACUGAAGCAAGCAACUUCCUGUAAGGCUCUUGCGUGCUGUGGGAUCAUCAUCUCUGGAUUUUUACUAGGAGUUAACCAAGAAGGUGCUGCAGGAUCACUGUCGAUAGCAGGAGUAGUGUUUGGUGUGGCAGCCAGCGCCAGUGUGGCAUUGAACUCCAUUUUUACCAAGAAGGUGUUACCACUCCUGGAUAACAAUGUGUGGCGACUAACCUACUACAAUAAUCUCAAUGCCAUUGUGCUCUUCAUGCCUCUCAUGUUGCUGUUUGGUGAAGUACCAGAAGUCAUUAACUUCCCCAAACUCUGGGACCCGACCUUUUGGCUGUACAUGAAUGUUGGUGGUGUCUUUGGGUUUGCCAUUGGAUAUGUGACAGGUCUUCAAAUUCAGAUUACAUCCCCACUCACACAUAACAUAUCCGGUACAGCCAAGGCAUGCGCCCAAACUGUGAUUGCUUGUGUAUAUUACAAGGAUAUCAAGCCCCUGCUUUGGUGGGUUAGUAAUGCUGUAGUGUUGGGAGGCUCAGGUGCCUACACCGAGGUCAAGCGUAACGAGAUGAAACAACAGCAUCAGGCUGCCGUCUCUCAGCUGGCUAAGAAUAUAGAGGAUGGAAAUGAUGAAAUACCAGCAAAAUCUUAAGCUUUUCCCUGUCACAACUUAUGAGUGACUAGAAAUCCUCAUUGUAUUACUGUCACAACACUAACUUUCUUAUUUGCAGUGUGUGAAGUUCCCAGGUUUAUUUUUGUCCCAUCCUGUGUUGGUGUAGCAGGAUUACUGAUGAACCUAUAUUUUUUCAUAUAAUGUCAGAUAAUCAUUGGGACUAAAAUAAUAGUUACAUUUUCUUCAUCCAUAUGUAGUGAUGUGACUGGAAUCUGUCCUGUGAUUUGCCUACAGUCUCUAAAUACAUCCCUCUUAAAAUCAUGUGUUUGAGAGGUACAUGUCAUAUUAUGUUGAUGUGACUAGUGUAGGUAUAUCACACAUUCUGGCAAAGCAAUAUGUUGAUGUAACUGAAAAUCCUUCAGUCACAUCAAAGUGUAACAGGAAAUCCAUUUGGAGGGCUAUUUAUUCAUUUUGUUGGGGCAUUAUCUACAGCAUCUAUGAGAUAACUAAUAGUAAGUUUGGGUGAAUCAAAUUAUUUUACACAUGUGAAAAAUGUUUACAUGGUAGUAAAAGAUGGGGGAUGUGUUACAUAUGAGUUGACUAAGGAAGCAAUACCUAAUUACCUAUAAGAUAAUUUUAGGAUUGCGGUCUGUGAGUUUUCUCUGGGAAUAAUUUAUAGGUUUUCACAGUUUCUGUUUUCUGAUCCUAUAAAUGUGAUAGUUUAUAUUGUUACUUGUCCACCAUUUAAAUGAUUCAUGUUGUUUUUUUCUCCACCAUUUCUCAAAACCAUUUCACACAUGGUGUAGAUUGUAUAUUAUUUUUGUUGUGGUCUCACAUUGGGCUAUAUUAUUGAUGCAUAAUAUAUAAUCUGCUUAAAGAACAUAUCACUGCCAUGUCUGUUCAGUAAGUGUGACGAAGCAUUCCAAUUCCAGUUCUAUCACAGAAUUUUAUUGAAGCACGAAUCCAGUUUAACUGGAGGAUUUCAUUAAGUCUCGGUAUGUAUGGGAAAAGAAUAAAUGUUCAAUGUUUCAAUGAUUGUUUGUAUAUAUCAAAUCUGAAUUAACUGUGGUGUGUGAUUUGUAUGGACGUUUCUAGAGAAGUUAUGCAGAUUUGACCAUUAUGUGUGUGACACAAUUUGAUGAUUUUACUUAAAACUGACUUCUGUUAUCCUCUGUACAAUAGCUUGUGAACACUCCUUUUGAUGUAAACAAAAAAACUUUGUUCAAUUUCCAGACACAAUGAUAAUAUGAAAAUCUACCUACAAUUGCUGUCAUUUAAUUGUUCUCAGGAGUUUUUCUUUCAGAUUUUCUAUAUUCUUUUGAUACAAAGUUAAUUUUCAUUCUAACAAGUACAAAUGUCUUGGAUAGAAUGAAAAUUUUAAAUUCAUUUGCCCAUUCAGUUAGGAUUGACAUGAAGCUAUUGACCAUUUUAAGUUCCAUACAGGGCAAGUUUACAAAUUUGUGAAUAAGAAUUUGAGCAGUCUGGAUGACACCAUUACAAGAGGCCAUUUAGACUUGUGGACUGUGGAAAUGAGGUGAUUUAGUCUGUGUAAUGGGUGUGUGAGGUGAUUUAGUCUGUGUAAUGGGUGUUUGAGGUGAUUUAGUCUGUGUAAUGGGGGUGUGAGGUGAUUUAGUCUGAAAUGGAAAUGUGAGGUGAUUUAGUCUGUGUAAUGAGUGUGUGAGGUGAUUUAGUCUGUGUAAUGAGUGUGUGAAGUGAUUUAGUCUGUGUAAUGGGUGUGUGAGGUGAUUUAGUCUGUGUAAUGGGUGUGUGAGGUGAUUUAGUCUGUGUAAUGGGUGUGUGAGGUGAUUUAGUCUGUGUAAUGGGUGUGUGAGGUGAUUUAGUCUGUGUAAUGGGAGUGUGAGGUGAUUUAGUCUGUGUAAUGGGUGUGUGAGGUGAUUUAGUCUGUGUAAUGGGUGUGUGAGGUGAUUUAGUCUGUGUAAUGGGUGUGUGAGGUGAUUUAGUCUGUGUAAUGGGUGUGUGAGGUGAUUUAGUCUGUGUAAUGAGUGUGUGAGGUGAUUUAGUCUGUGUAAUGAGUGUGUGAAGUGAUUUAGUCUGUGUAAUGGGUGUGUGAGGUGAUUUAGUCGGUGUAAUGGGGGUGUGAGGUGAUUUAGUCUGUGUAAUGGGAGUGUGAGGUGAUUUAGUCUGUGUAAUGGGAGUGUGAGGUGAUUUAGUCUGUGUAAUGGGUGUGUGAGGUGAUUUAGUCUGUGUAAUGAGUGUGUGAGGUGAUUUAGUCUGUGUAAUGGGUGUGUGAGGUGAUUUAGUCUGUGUAAUGGGAGUGUGAGGUGAUUUAGUCUGUGUAAUGGGAGUGUGAGGUGGUUUAGUCUGUGUAAUGGGGAUGUGAGGUGAUUUAGUCUGUGUAAUGGGUGUGUGAGGUGAUUUAGUCUGUGUAAUGGGAGUGUGAGGUGAUUUAGUCUGUGUAAUGGGUGUGUGAGGUGAUUUAGUCUGUGUAAUGGGUGUGUGAGGUGAUUUAGUCUGUGUAAUGGGUGUGUGAGGUGAUUUAGUCUGUGUAAUGGGUGUGUGAGGUGGUUUAGUCUGUGUAAUGGGUGUGUGAGGUGAUUUAGUCUGUGUAAUGGGAGUGUGAGGUGAUUUAGUCUGUGUAAUGGGGAUGUGAGCUGAUUUAGACUGUUAAUUCAGAACAUGACCACUCUGGAGGUGUUGUUUUGCCCUAUGUAACAGUGUUACAUGUAUUGGUAUGACUGUUUAGAUAAACUAUUUGUUAAUUUUCUUCAUCCUUGAUUCCAGUGUUUGUUCUUGAAUCAAAGAAUAAAUGUAGAUGUACAUUGUGUACUUUGUUGUUGCCUGGGAACUUAUAUUGUGGGAUAUUGUUAAUGGUGAAGUGUAUAUAAUGGCUGUUCUGUCUAGAAAUAUUGGAUCAAGUUGUUGUGAUGGUUUUGUUUUGUGUGAUAAAAGAUGUAUUUUUUUAUUCUUAAAUAGUUUCAUUAUCAAGCUAUAUUUACAUAUUUAUUAAAAUGGCUGGUGUUUAUAAAUAUUUACCCCAACAAUAGUUUUGGUUGUGCUGAUACAGCGUCAGUACAGCUACAUAUCUGAUAGGGGCGGUUAUGAACAUGACCUUAGUUCUUCCAAUGACAUUAACUCCCAUUCAACAGAAUAAAAAUAUUCCAGAGUUUCUUGAUCACAGUUUUUGUACCAAUGGAAGUCAUAUUAAUCCACCUGUAUACAAAAUCAGUCCCAAGUUAAUGUCCCUCCCAAAGAUUGAAUCCUAAAUAUAAUGAUAUUUACCACCUGGGAGGUGUUUUUGUCAAUCAAUUCACAAUGACAAUCUACUCCAACAAUGUUAGAGGUUUUACAUGGCGAGAUACUUUUAACGGGCGCAGUCGGCAAACUCAUAUCCGAUAGAAAAAGAGCCAACCACAGCCUCUUAUGUUAUAGGAGUAAAUGACAAUCCUAAACAACGGAAUGUCUUUUUCCCAAGUGUUUGUUUACACUUUCAUAAAAUUACCAAAUUUGUUUGUCCUCAAAUAAAAUAUUGAUAAAAAGUAAUAUUCAGUUUGAUUAGAGAAAAUUCUAUCUGAUCGUGAGGAUCACGCCUGAAGAUAAUCCAUUAUUUUGCCAUAUUUGAACAUCAUCAGGAACCUACAAGACUCUGAUCUGUCGUUUGAUUCUAAUGGCCGAGUCUCCUGGGUUUCCGAUGAUAUUUGAAUUGUAUGAAAUGAUACCCACUGAAUUGGAUCAUAGGGCCAAACAUGUGAAAAGGAGACCAAGAGCCUGUGGUGGGUAGUGUGAUGAUUUUGUUUAGGUACUGGUUUUUUAUACGAGGACUAAAGAUAUGAAAGGUCAGAUUUGUAUUGUGGGAUAAAUUGAUGGGUGUAAUAAUAUAUAAACAUUGUAAUCAAAAAAUGUUCUACAAGUUUUGUUACUCUAAAUUAUGACAUUCUACAAGGUGUAAAUAAUUGUGAUGGUGUUUUUACCUUCUUUUUUUUUUAUUCUGUUCUUCGAUUUUUAUUUAAAAUUCCAAAUACAACAUAACGAAGUGGUGAUUUUACAUGUACUUUAUAUUUUCUUGCCUUUUUUUUUCAAAUUUCACUUUUCAUCACCUUGUGGAUGGACUAUGGUAUGUCACAACCUGUGUAGGAUUUGAGUGUGACGUUUCAGAGACCACACUGUGACUUUUCAUCAGACAAAAUCUUUUCUUUGCCUUGUAUUAUUGUACAAGAUGCUGAUAUCACACAAUAUGUUUGUGAUCGACCACAAGGAAAUAUUUUACAUGGAAAAGUUUCAAGGUACCCAAAGAAUGUAUAUUUAUAAUACCUGGUAAUAAUCAAAGAUAAUAAUUUCACCAAAAAAGUUUUUAAAGACAUGAAGUUAAUAUAUCGAGACUUUUGCCCUAUUUGUGAGAGGCACUUCGGGACCAUUCAGGUUAAUUGCUGACCUUGUGUUUAUUUAACCAUGUCAAAACAUAAAAAAAUAAUUUGUUAAAGUUCUUAUUAAAAUCAUGCAGUUUUACCCAUUACAUGUACUUUAUUGAGUUCCAUGUAUUUUCAUUUUCUAAAAGUAUUUUUGAGUUUAUUCUAGAUUAAACUUACUCAAAGUAUUUUUAAAACCAUGCAAUGAACACGCAAUAGAUACAUGAUGUGUAUAAGAUAUGUUAAUGUAUGAUGAUACACUUUCUGAUGCAGUCAAUGUUCUUUGUUUGAUAAAAUCAAUUUAGGUAAGCUAUAGUUCAAUAAUUAUAUGCCUUUUCUUUUUAGAAAUGAUUUUCUAUAUAGAUGUGUUUUUGAAAUUAAUACAGAAAAUAUAAAUAUAUUUAAGAAGUAA